ACUCGUCAUCGGCUUGGAAGAAUACCUUUGGUGAUCGGUAUGCCGGUCAUGUUUUUGCAGAACUACGACGUGGAUGGUGGAAUCGUUAAUGGUGCUGCCGGCACUCUUGAGAAGAUUCGGUAUUGGACAGACGAUGCUGGUUUGAGACACGCUGUGUCGUGUGUUAUUAGAGUUGAUGACAUGACAUCCACGGCCUUGCCC